ACUCCAACAUCGGCUCGUGAUUGGCUCAAGGGAGCAAUUGAGCUGCUGCCUGCUCGGCAUCACCAAGCUGGCGUAGUCAAACUGUUGUUGCAUGCAAGGCAUACUUAACCUCGGUCGGUGGCUGUUAUUCUGCAGAAGCAGCCGCCUGAAUACGAAAAGAGCACCAGAUUCCCAGGCGCAACCAGUACGCGAUCGACAUAAUGGCUGGAACGACUACUCUCGUCACCAGCCCUCUCCCCCUCUCGCCUUCUGCCCCAACAUCAACUGGCUCUCCCAUCGUGGUGCCCACCAUGUCUGACGAGUCGUAUCGAUUCGUCGGUACCUCAGCCUUCUACUUUGUCGUCAUCGGCAUCCCCGUCAUCGCCCUCGUCGUCGUCUGCGUCCUGGCCGGUUGCUGUUGCUGCUGCACCAACCUAAGCUAUCGCGCCCUGCGCCAAAGACGUCAACAGCGGAGGCGCGACAAGGCCUAUGCCGUCAACACCAUCCCCAAGGGUCUCGAUACUCAGAUCCCGGACAGUACUCACGGGAUUCCUCCGCUUGCAGAGUUUGAUGCCAACACAACGGCUGUCAGGCCACCGCCAAAUCUGUAUACUAGACCGGACGGCCACAUUCCAGAACUCCACGGCUCGAUGGACGAUCCUCCGCCCAGGUACGACCUGGCCAAUCAACAGCAAGGCAUAAUCGACGGCGAGCCUCAAUUCAAGUACAAGACUUCAGACACCGGGCGAGUUUAAUGCGCGUGCAUUUCAGGUUAGGGCAUAGAAGAGAAGGCGCCACGGAACAGCAAACUUGAAACUGGCGGCAAUGGAAAAUCUACCAUGACUUUGACAAGAAUGAGCAAUUGGAAUUUCUGAACGGCGCCUACACAUAAAUGCGCAGAAUCUGCUCCCUGACGCCGGAAAAGCACCUCUACAAGUUCUCUGCAAUGACCUCUAUCAUAUGUAGGUAGAGUUUGACUAGGGAAAGAGCACUGGACGCGCUACGGAACAAAAGUCUGAUUGGCCAUGUGUCACAGGGACAACAAGGAGACUCUUGCACAGUCUGUCCCCAGCGAGCAUUGGCCCGGCUGUCCAUGUCGAGAACGUCAGCUUAUAAACCCAAACACGGCGUUCAGUUAAGGGGGCCAUCAACACUUACCCAGGUCCCGGCACAGCAUGCUU